UGUUUGGUAUAUUAGGUUAGGGUAGUUGUUUUCGUAAUUAAAAUCUUUUAACGUGAUAUUAUUGAACUGUCAUAAUGUUGUAAUGAUUUAUUUACAAAGUUACAGUGUUUGAAUAUUAAUAUACAAUUUUCUAGUGAAUGACUGAAUGUUUAUCGCGAAUAAAAUUAAAUGUGUUAUGAAAGAAAAUGGCAAAUCACGAGUUGGAAACAUCAUAUAUAUCCAGAAAUGACAAUAAUUGGAGGAAAAACAUUAUCUCACAGCUUCGCGAAAGGAACAGGAUUGAAACAUUUUGUUUUUCUGAUCUCAUCACUUUACAUAAUAGAUUAUUUGAAAACGUAAAUACACUACGUUGUCAAAAUAUGCAAUUGACAAUAUCAAAUGAAAAUUUGAGACGUGAGAAUUGCAAUCACAGUCCAGGAGCAAGUUCAGUUAACGAAGCACGCCUGAAACAAACUGAAGAAUUAACUGCAUUACAUAAGAAAAAUGGUGAACAUAUGCAACAAAUAGUAGAUCUUAAUAAGAAAAUGCAAGAAAUGAUAAAAGAACUACAUGCUAAGGAAACAAGUCUUGCUGAAUGUAAGGAAACCAACAACAUUUUACGUUCUGAUAUUGCAAAAUAUCUAACCAGAGAACGAGAAUAUGAAAGUAUAAAUCAAAUGCUUAAAGAUGAACAUCAAGCUUUGCAACUUGCUUUUGCAGCUUUGGAAGAUAAACUUAGAAAAUCACAGGAAGAAAAUCGUCAAUUGGUGGAACGGUUAAUUAAAUACAAAGCAAGGGAUGCUGAGAAAAUGAAUGAAGAAAAUGAUAAUUUUUUAAAUGAGAGUUUUACCAGUCCAACAGCCUUUUUGAUGAAUACCUUAUCUAAAUUUGGAAAACGACAAGCAAAAAUGCAAAAAGAGUUAGAGGAUGCUGCUCGUGAUACACGACCUGUUAGUCCUGAUAGAUCGAGUUUAAAAGAAGGUGUUGCUGGUCUUCCUACAACAGUACCAACAAAAGUGUCCGUCUCAUUUAAUGCUCACGAGGGAGAAGUGUACGCCGUAAAAUGGUCUCCAGUCGACAGAAUCCUGGCCACCGGUGGAGCGGACAGGAAGGUGAAACUGUGGAGUAUAAUUAAAGGCACGUCCGAAUGUAAGGGAGUGCUCGUCGGUAGCAACGCUGGUGUAAUGUCGGUUGACUUUGAUUCGACGGGUACCCUCAUCCUUGGAGCUUCCAACGACUUUGCCAGCAGGGUAUGGACCCUCAGUGAUCUUCGGGUUAAGCACACGCUUACGGGCCAUUGCGGUAAGGUGAUGGCGGCUAAGUUUCUUGGCGAACCCUCAAAAGUAGUUUCAGGCAGUCACGAUCGCACUCUCAAAAUCUGGGAUUUACGUAACAAGGCGUGUACGGAAACAAAAUUUACUGGCUCGAGUUGCAACGAUCUUGUCACGUCGGAUGGUGCCGGGUCAACGAUAAUAAGCGGUCAUUUUGAUCAAAGGAUAAGAUUUUGGGACACCAGAGCGGAAUCAUCAUCAAACGACAUUAUUCUCGAAGGAAAGGUUACGUCGUUGGAUUUAUCUCGUGAUACGAAUUAUCUUCUUAGCUGUGUACGAGAUGACACCGUAAAGCUCAUAGAUUUACGAAUGAAGAAAAUUAUUGGAUCGUUUAGCGCUGACGGCUUCAAAGUUGGUUUCGAUUGGACACGGGCAGCUUUCAGUCACGAUGGUCAAUACAUUGCUGCUGGUUCUUCCGACGGAUCCGUUUUUGUUUGGUCUGUAGCAACGCAUAUGGUUGAAAAUGUGCUAAAAAAUCACGCAGCAACUGUGACAGCUGUCUCAUGGCAUCCACAUGGAACUUUCUUAGCAUCGGUCGACCGUUCGAAGACUGUCACUAUUUGGGGCGACUACGUUUGAUUGGACGAACGAUUAAACUACGACAAACGAUUGUUGUUUCAUGGCUGACGACUAACGUGUUUUAACCUCUUUUAUCAUUCCUCGAUUACCAUUUUCAACACUUGCGGGAAUUUUUACAUGGAAAAAGAACGAAGUUAACAUUGGGCCCUAAAUCCUCUUCAACCUCUUUCUCAACAUUCAACAUGAGUUAACCAUUAUAUUGGCCACACCAUUUAGAACAACAACAACGACGACGACGACUACGAUGAGAGGAGGAGAAAACAAAGAUGAUAACAAAUGUAAUAAUAAAAUGAGGAUUUUCCACGAGAAGAAGAAUAAGAAGAAUAAUAGUAAUCAAAAUCAUUGGACGAUUUUGACCUUACUUAUGGUUGUAAAAAGACUUUUCCCUUUUUUUUCUUUUUCUUAUGGGGAUAAAACGUGUUUCGGUGAGCUGUUGUAAAGCGCCGCGGUUAAUAGCCGAACGAAUCGAGAAAAGGGCUGUAGCUGAACUAUUGUACAUAAAGUUGCACUUAUUGUCUUACUCCGAGGUUGUAAAGAUAUCCUUUUUUAGAGUUAGGGUAAGCAACAACUACAACAACAACAACAACAACCGACAACAACAAUAAUUGCGCAUUGUGCUCACCACCAUCACCACCAUCGUCUCCUGAGAAAUUCGUGAGAUAAUCUUGUAGUUACUAUUUCAAGAUUCACGUAUAUGGCGUCGUUGCUUUUUGACAAUUUUCAUUUUUCAAUUAAAUAAUAUUAACACAUAUAUAUAAAUAUAUAUAUACAUAAAAAAAAAAAUCAAUCGUUUGUCGUUUGCAAAUAUACUUACGACGAUAACGACGAUCUAUAAUUAUAGAUAUUCGUUUAUAAAAAAAAAAAAAAGAAAAGAAACAAAAGAAAAAAAAGAAGACAAAUGUAAAA